UUAAAGACUGAAUUGGAAAAUAUUGAGGUAACACAAGGAAUGUCAGCAGAGACAGCAGUAACUUUCCUCAGCCGUCUGAUGGCAAUGGUUGAUGUACUUGUAUUUGCCAGUUCUCUAAAUUUUAGUGAGAUCGAAGCUGAAAAAAACAUGUCUUCUGGAGGACUAAUGCGACAGUGCCUAAGGCUUGUUUGUUGUGUGGCUGUGAGAAACUGCUUAGAAUGCCGGCAAAGGCAGAGGGAGAGAGUCAACAAGACAUCAUUAGUCGGCAGUAAGACUCAGGACGUCCUUCAGGGUGUAACUGCAGCAGCAGCAACCAAGACUCCCCUUGAAAAUGUCCCUGGCAAUCUUUCUCCUAUAAAAGACCCGGAUAGGCUUCUUCAGGAUGUUGAUAUUAAUCGUCUACGAGCAGUUGUUUUUCGUGAUGUGGAUGAUAGCAAACAGGCUCAGUUCUUAGCUUUGGCUGUAGUCUACUUUAUUUCUGUUCUGAUGGUCUCCAAAUACCGUGAUAUCCUAGAGCCACAACGAGAAACUGCAAGGUCUGGGAGCCAGGCAGGUAGAAAUAUCAGACAAGAAAUAAAUUCACCAACAAGUACAGAGACACCAACUGUAUUUCCAGAAAAUAUCAAAGAUAAAGAAACACCGACACCAGUUGAAGAUAUUCAGUUGGAAAGCUCUAUUCCUCAUACGGACUCUGGGAUUGGAGAUGAACAGAUGCCCAACAUUUUGAAUGGUACAGACUUGGAGACCAGCACAGGCCCUGAUGCAAUGAGCGAGCUGUUGUCUACUUUGUCUUCGGAAGUGAAGAAAUCUCAGGAGAGCUUAACAGAAAGCCCCAGUGAAAUGUUGAAGCCUGCAUCAUCAAUAUCCAGUAUCAGCCAAAGUAAAGGCAUCAAUGUCAAGGAAAUACUGAAAAGUCUUGUGGCAGCCCCUGUUGAAAUUGCAGAAUGUGGUCCGGAUCCAAUCCCUUACCCAGAUCCUGCACUGAAGAGAGAAGCUCAGGCUAUUCUUCCCAUGCAGUUUCACUCAUUUGACAG